AAGGUGAAAGGGGGUCCCUGGACUUCGCAAGGCCCGGUGAGAGAGAGAGAGAGGGAGCGCAGGGGUUUGUGUGGAGGGUUUGGACUCUGGGCGAGAGAGUGGGAGAGAGCCCUCGUUCGCGCUGAAACAAGGGCAAGAUCCAGGUGUACUUUGCUUCUCCUUUGAUUUCCGUUUAUGGAUUCUGGUUUAGUGGUCGAGUUGUCUUCUUGAUAGUUUUGAUUCGAGAUUGAUAACUGAGGCCAUAAAAAUGUUGCCGCAUGAAAAGACUCUGAAAAUUGUCUCUCUCUGAAGUCGCUACCGUGGUAAAAGAUAUAGUGGAGGACGGCAAAGUUGGCUUGAUCAAAUUCUGACAGUUAUCUUUCAUGGCUAUCAUCUCCAGCAGCGCCAAUCGCAUCGAGAAAUUACUUGCCUUCUCCACCAUCAAGUUGUGAAUUGGAUUGUUCUCGCUUUAGAUCUUAGGGCAUUUAGAUACUGAGAGGUAGAGAAAAGGUAUGGGCUGCUUGCUGCUUGGUUCAACUGGACCACCGAUAAAGCGACGAGCUGGUUUGCGUAGGAAACAAGCAGGACGGGGUUCUUACAGAGGCAGUUAGGGUACUGCAAGGGUCUGGUGGCUUGACAUUCUACCUGGUUUGAAUCACUCUGUUUGACUUGGGCAAUGAGAACUCCUGCUGCAUUGAGGCACCUGUUAAGGAGCUUAUGCCACAAUUCUCUGUGGAAAUAUGCGGUCUUUUGGAAGCUUAAGUAUGAGAACCAUAUGACAUUGACAUGGGAGGAUGGUUAUUUGGACAAUGCAAAAGAAGAUGUUACCAUGGAAAAUACUUUGCGUGAUGGAUUACCUAGUGCUGAACCUGGGAUCAUUUCAUUUCGCUGUGAUAAGGAUGCUUGGGUUGGAAGUUCUGCGGGAUGCCCCAUUGAGAUGGUGGUCGCAAGCAUGUCAUGUGAGCUGUACUCACUUGGAGAAGGGAUUAUUGGUAAAGUGGCCCAAACGGGGAACCAUCGUUGGAUUUUUGCUGGUGAAUUCAACUCUAAGUCACCAUCAAAGUGCAGUGAGAAAUGGCAACUUCAGUUUGCAGCUGGUAUCAAGACAAUUCUGCUUGUACCUGUUAUACCUCAUGGGCUUGUGCAACUUGGCUCAUCAGAUAUGGUCAUGGAAGAUUCAACACUGGUGGUUCACAUUAAAGAUUUAUUUUCUACACUUUAUGAUAUCUCAGGGACUUGCAGUUCCUUAGCCCCAAGGGUUUAUUGUCUGAAUCCUUUCUCAUCAUUCACCAUGCCUUUAUUGGGGAAUAUUUCAGCUCCUUCAGCACUUAAUAGUGAGUUGUUUAAUUCUAUCCAGAUGCAACAGUUGCCGACUAUUAGCCCUCAUGUGCUACAAGAUAAUGUUCCAACCUCACAAGAUGUUAUGGACCAUAUAUUUGAUACAAGCACAAGAUCAUGUAAAUAUGACAACUUAUGGAAUGCAAGGUACAGCGACCUGUGGAUAGAUCCUGCUGAAGAGCCAUGCUUACUGAAUGGUUCUACAGACCUUGAUAAGAUACUCGAGGGUGAUAUCCCCUUCAUUGACGAUGAAACGAAUUCAAUCUCACACCCUAAUGAUGUGAAUCAUAGCUUGACCUAUGAACAGAUUGCCUUAUCAAAUGUUUUUGUGAAGGAUGCAGAACUUGGUGACCCUGAUCUUUGUAAAGUCAGUGAUGUGACAAAUCAGGAAUUUGAAAAGGAGCAUGCUGAUAUAGAUGACAGAUUUGUCAAUUUCCCCAUUGGCUCUGAGCUACACAAAAUACUUGGGCUUCAUUUUAAUAACGAACAUGAUGACUAUGUAAUGGCUGCUGCUACAAAAGCUGAUGAACUAGGAAGCUCGACUGCCAUCUGCCAAACAGCAGGACCUGAAUUUAAUGGGUCAUUGGUUGAGGAAUCGAAUGCAUGGUUUGCAAAAGAAAGUGAUGCAGAUUAUCUCUUGGAUGCAAUGUUAGCCAAUUUACAGCAUCCAAAUGAUAAUUCAUAUGAGACAUUCAGUUGUAUGAAAUCAUGUAGUAACUCAUCAGAAGAGUGUAUGGAUUCUUGUCUGACACACUGCAGAAAUGAACGGAAUGUCUGCAAUUUGGGAGAUUCAUCUCCAUCCAAUCACGAAAUGCUUACAUUUGUUUCUGAGAAUGAAGGUUCCACGAGUGCUCCGACUGAUUCUUCAUCCAAGAGCAUUUGUAUGUUGAUCAACAAAAAGCAGAACAGUUGCAUGGCCUGGGACAAAAAUGACGGGGGCCCAAAGUCGUCGCAGACUAACAAAAGACGAAGAAGUAACAAACUUCACAAACAAAGGCCUAGGGACAGACAGUUGAUACAAGACCGAGUUAAGGAGUUGCGGGAGCUUAUUCCUGAUGGAUCAAAGUGCAGCCUUGAUGCACUUCUGGAUAGAACUGUAAAGCACAUGUUGUUCCUUAAAAGUGUUUCCAGCCGAGCUGAAAAAUUGAGGAUGUCUGCAGUUCCGAAGGUUACAGGUGAGGGUUGGAACUCUGAAAUUUCUCAAACUCAGCAAAAUGGAGCCAGUUGGGCUUAUCAACUGAGAUGCCAAUCUGAAAUUUGCCCUCUUAAAGUUGAAAACCUUGACCAACCAGGCCAAAUCCUUGUAGAGAUGCUAUGUGAAGAAUAUGGGCUCUUUCUAGAGAUCGCUCAGGUUAUCAGACGUCUGGAAUUGAUCAUCCUUAAGGGAGUUCUAGAAACUAGAUCAGACAAGCUAUGGGCUCACUUUAUUAUUGAGGCUUCCAGAGGUUUCCACCGAAUGCACAUUCUUUGGCCAUUAAUGCAGUUGCUGCAGCGCAAUCCCAAAGCUAAUUCUGGUUGUUUGGCAAGUAUGUAAAUGCUCCAGAUUUGUGAUCAUCUGUUGACCAAUGUGAGCCACUUUUAUUAAGGUGACAUGAACAAUUUCUACAAACUAGUCUGUGUAAUUCAUAACUGAUAUGAAGAGCUGGCUUUUUAAGUUGCAUAAA